UACUGCAAAUCCUGUUAUAGUCUUAUCUUAUCGCUGCUUCGUUCAAGACUUUCCGAAUAUUUCCUGCUCCGAAACCAUUGCAGCUUUCGCCAUGUCUGCUCCAAGUGUGUUGUGCGUGUUUGCUGUAAUGACUUACUGCUACAGUGUAUCCGCGUCAGCUCUGGGAGAAAACUGUGUGAGAGACAUUGAAUGUUCACUGCCAGAUGACCUGAAACAAGAGAGAGUGUGGUGUUACUCUGGACAGUGUAGUUGUAAGAAAGGAUUCAUCAGAGAUGGAGACAGAUGUGUCAUUGGGGGAGACUGUACUUCUGACCAGGACUGCAAAGAUCUUGAAAACUCACUCUGUAACAUUAUGUUACGCGACAGAGCCAAGUGCACAUGUCGAGAUAGUUUCGUUGCUGCCGCAAAUACCACCCUUUGCCUUCCACUCGUCCAUGAAAUUGGUUCUGGAUGCAACUACAGUGAACAGUGUUCACCAAACCUGGGAAAGGUUGAGUGCAUACAAAAUCAAUGCCAGUGUGCUGAAGGCGCCACUCUGAACAAGGAGGAUGGCACUUGUGUUGUCAACCACGACGAAGCGUGUACAGAGACUCUUCAGUGUCAGUACUCGCAGGAAACGGAAUGCAGGAACAACAAAUGCCAGUGCAAGGCCAACUUUAACUACAAUGGGGCUCGCUGCGUUGGAAAAAAGCAAAUAGGAAUAGGAAGUGCAUGCACAGUAUCUACAGACUGUGUAAAUGUGGAAAACACAGUGUGCAUAGACGAGUCCUGCACCUGUAUGAAAGAUUAUGUGGCAGACCGUGAUAGCAGGAGAUGUCUUCAUGUUGCCAACCACGACGAAGCGUGUACAGAGACUCUUCAGUGUCAGUACUCGCAGGAAACGGAAUGCAGGAACAACAAAUGCCAGUGCAAGGCCAACUUAAACUACAAUGGAGCUCUCUGCGUUGGAUCACUGUCUCUGGGAGAAAACUGUAUGAGAGACAUUGAAUGUUCAGUGCCAGGUGACCUGAAACAAGAGAGAGUGUGGUGUUACUCUGGACAGUGUAGUUGUAGGAACGGAUUCAUCAGAGAUGGAGACAGAUGUGUCAUUGGGGGAGACUGUACUUCUGACCAGGACUGCAAAGAUCUUGAAAACUCACUCUGUAACAUUAUGUUACGCGACAGAGCCAAGUGCACAUGUCGAGAUAGUUUCGUUGCUGCCGCAAAUACCACCCUUUGCCUUCCACUCGUCCAUGAAAUUGGUACUGGAUGCGACUACAGCGAACAGUGUUCACCAAACCUGGGAAAGGUUGAGUAUUCCUGA